AUGCUUAAAAGAGUAUCGACUAUUGUAAAUUUUUCAAUAUUUCGGAACUCUAUCAGCAAUCGUUUAUCUAAUCCAUUCAAAACACAUACGGUUUCUCCUUUUAGGCAAGUAAAACAUUUGAACAUGUCCGUGAGCACAAGCAACAUUACUGCUAAGCUGCAGAAAAUGUCCAUCCAAGAACCCACAUUGAUGGAAGGAUCCCAUCCUGACGUCAAUGUUGUUGAUCUCAUGAGAAAUUACAUAAGCCAAGAACUUUCUAAAAUAUCUGGUGUUGAUACGGCCCUUAUCUUUCCUGCUUUAGAGUGGACUAAUACAAUGGACAGAGGUGAUCUUUUAAUUCCUGUUCCAAGAUUACGUAUUAAAGGUGCUAAUCCCAAGGAGCUAGCUAUAAAGUGGGCUGAGCAGUUUCCUUGUGGGGAAUUUCUGGAAAAGGUUGAGGCAAAUGGGCCGUUUGUUCAGUUUUUUUUUAAACCACAGUUUUUGUUCAAUGUUGUCAUCCCUGACAUUUUGACGAGAAAGGAACAAUAUGGGGCUGCACCUUUGGUCAAGAACAAGAAGGUGAUAAUUGAAUUUUCAUCUCCGAACAUUGCGAAGCCAUUCCAUGCUGGUCACUUGAGAUCUACGAUUAUCGGUGGCUUUCUAUCUAAUUUGUAUGAAAAGCUCGGAUGGGAGGUCAUCAGAAUGAACUAUUUGGGUGACUGGGGAAAGCAAUUUGGUGUUUUAGCUGUUGGUUUUGACAGAUAUGGUAAUGAGGAAGCGUUAGCCAGAGAUCCUAUCAACCAUUUGUUUGAAGUUUAUGUCCGAGUGAAUAAGGACAUCGAGGAAGAAGGCGAUUCUUUGCCUGAGACAGAAUCGACCAAUGGGAAAGCUCGUGCUUACUUCAAAAGAAUGGAGGAUGGAGACCCUGAAGCACUCAAGAUAUGGAAAAGAUUCCGUGAACUAUCGAUUCACAAGUAUAUUGACACGUACGCACGUCUCAACAUCAAAUAUGAUGUCUACUCCGGUGAAUCUCAGGUGUCUAUGGAUUCCAUGCAGAAGGCACUUGAAAUGUUUAAGGAAAAAGAACUCACUCACGAGGACCGUGGCGCGACUUUGAUUGACUUGACAAAAUUUAACAAGAAAUUAGGUAAGACAAUUGUCCAAAAGUCUGAUGGUACAACGCUUUACUUAACAAGAGAUGUUGGUGCUGCCAUGGAUCGUUAUGAAAAGUAUCACUUUGACAAAAUGAUCUAUGUGAUUGCAUCUCAACAAGAUCUGCACACUGCUCAAUUCUUCGAAAUUCUAAAGCAGAUGGGAUUCGAGUGGGCAAAAAAUUUGCAGCAUGUCAAUUUCGGUAUGGUGCAAGGUAUGUCUACUAGAAAAGGUACUGUAGUAUUCCUAGAUAACAUCUUGGAGGAAACCAAAGACAAAAUGCACGAUGUUAUGAAAAAGAACGAGGUUAAAUACGCUCAAAUUGAAAAUCCUGAUGAAGUAGCGGAUCUAGUCGGUAUCUCAGCGGUGAUGAUUCAGGAUAUGCAAGCGAAACGUAUCAACAAUUACGAGUUCAAAUGGGAGAGGAUGACAUCUUUUGAGGGUGACACAGGCCCAUAUUUGCAAUAUGCCCAUUCAAGAUUGAGAUCUGUUGAACGGAACGCAUCCGAAUUGACUCUUGAAAUGUGCCGCAACGCAGAUUUCUCGCUAUUGACAGAACCGGCAGCGAUUACAUUGGUUCGUCUACUUGCCCAAUAUCCUGACGUCUUGAGAAAUGCAAUGAAAACACAUGAACCAGCGACUGUUGUCACAUAUCUCUUCAAAUUGACUCAUCAAGUUUCUUCUUGCUACGAUGUUUUGUGGGUAGCAGGUCAAACCCAAGAACUGGCCGCGGCCCGUCUUGGACUUUAUGCUGCUGCUAGACAGGUGCUGUACAAUGGUAUGUGUCUUUUGGGCUUGACACCUGUCGAUAGAAUGUAA